AUGAUUAUCAGAGAAUUUGGUGUUCGUCAGGGCCGCAAAGCCCUGGCAACAUCGUUGCGACAAGGCCCAAGAUGCAUGCGACAGCUCUCGUCCCUCUCCUCGGAGACGUCAGGGACGCCCAUAGCUUCCGCCGACCCAGCCGUCGAGGGUUCGUUCCAGGAGAAGCCCACCAAGCCGAAGCGAUCAGCACUCUAUAUGCAGACUGUCAAGCCUGCAAGGAAACGACCCGUCGCCGUGGACAACACCAAGGCCGAGUACGAGCUUGCAAAGGAGACGCGCAUGAGACAGCGGCCCAUUGGUACCACCAUUGAGCACACCUACGCGCCGACUGAUGUCUUCAGCAACCCCCCGGGACCCAAGGACGUCACCCUCGAGCUCCUCAUGGCCUCGCAAGCACACAUGGGCCACCACACCUCGGUAUGGAAUCCUGCAAACGCACGAUACAUUUACGGUGUGAGGCAGGGAAUUCACAUCAUCUCCCUCGAAGAGACGGCGGCGCAUCUACGUCGCGCGGCUCGUGUGGUUGAGGAAGUGGCCUACCGAGGAGGUCUGAUCCUAUUUGUGGGUACGAGGCCAGGACAGACACAGAUUGUGGCGCAAGCAGCCAAGCUGGCAGGAGCUUGUCACUUGUUCAGCAAGUGGACACCGGGCACAAUUACCAACAGCGACAAGAUUUUGCCGAACAUGCCAAUGAGGAUCGUCGACCAGCACGACAAUGAGCUGAGCGGCUUCAAUCAGCACCUAAUGUCGCGGCGAGCGCUGGUACCAGAUUUGGUCGUGUGCUUCAACCCUCUGGAAAACGCCCCUAUGCUGCGGGAGUGCGGCUUGGCAAACGUGCCGACUAUUGGUGUGAUUGAUACCAACACAGAGCCUACAUGGGUGACGUAUGCCAUUCCGGCAAAUGACGACAGUUUCCGUUGUCUUGCAGUUAUCGGUAGUGUUCUAGGUCGGGCCGGUGAGGCUGGUCAGAAGCGACGCCUCGAGGCUGCUGCAAAUGGAAUUGUCGAAUGGCAAACACCAGCUCCGAUCCAGCGCUUCAUGGAUAUCGAGAUACGGCGCGGCAGAUGGAGAAAUAGAAUGCUGGAGGAGAACAAGGCUGAAGAAGCCAAGGCACUUGGACUUGAGCAGCCACCCCAGGCAGAAGUUAUCGACGAUGUCUCGAUACGUCAAGCGAUGAGAGAAUUGGAAGAUGUGGACAUGGAGCGCCUCGUGGAGGGCGAGACUGACGACGCGUAG